GACAGCUACCCUCACACACUCAACACCACCAUCAGCAGCCAGGGUGUGUGUUGUGCACAGGCAGAGCUUCAGUUAGAGUGUGCCGAUAGCCUGUUUGACCACAGGAGUUUCACACUAAUUGCUUUGUAGCUCGUACCAGCUUGGUUUAGCCUGUUUGCAUCAACUUUCUCAAUCUGACCUGCCGAUUCGUCAAUAUGGAUGUCUUCUCCAGUCUCACUUCUUCCUCCUCUUGCUCCCACUUGUACCACACGGCCAGUAACUCCAGCAGCGGAACCGAAUUAUAUGGGAUCAACCAAGUGAUCCUGCAGCAUUACAACCACACGGGCCGCUUGCUCAACAGGUCCAUCUCCAACACCCCGGGCCACAUAAGUACUUCCACAGCCGUUGCUCUUUUCUUCAGUGUAGUCAUCAUCGUGGAGAAUCUGCUGGUGCUGGUGGCUGUCGUCUCCCGGAUCUGCUACAGCCGUCGCUGGGUUUACGUCUGCAUCGCCAACAUCACGCUGAGUGACCUCCUCACUGGUGUUGCCUACGUGGUCAACAUCUGCAUGUCUGGCAGCCAGACAUUUCACCUCACACCUGCGCUCUGGCUCUUCAGAGAGGGCAUGCUGUUUGUGGCCCUGGCAGCAUCCAUAUUCAGCUUGCUUCUGAUUGCCGUGGAGCGCUACACCACAAUGGUGAAGCCCCUUCACCAGAAAUCUGCCAUGAACGCCUUCCAUCGGAUCUAUGGCUUGGUGGCUCUCUGUUGGGUUUUAGCACUGGUGAUCGGCUUUCUGCCUUUGCUGGGUUGGAACUGUAUUUGCAAUCUGGAUGGAUGCUCCACUCUCCUCCCUCUUUACUCCAAGUCCUACAUCUUCUUCUCCCUCAUCAUCUUCCUCCUCAUCCUUUUGGCAAUAGGAGUGCUUUAUGGGGCCAUCUACUGUCGUGUGCACAGUAGUGCUCAGCUGUGUUCACAGCGCAGUCCCAGGCACUCCAGAGCUCUGCUUAAAACCGUGGUCAUCAUUGUUGGAGUCUUCAUGCUCUGUUGGGGACCACUCUUCGCACUGCUAAUGGUGGAUUUUUCCUGUACCUCCCGUCAGUGUAAAUUUCUGUCCAAAGCAGAUGUUUGUAUCACCUUGGCCGUCAUCAACUCUUUUCUGAAUCCUAUCAUCUAUGCCCUGGGCAGCAGUGAUAUGAGGAAAGCAUUUGCUAAACUGCUGUGCUGCUGCUGCGUGAAGGGUGGCUUCUGUCACCCAGACACGUUCACAUCCAAGGAAACCAGCAGCACCUCCGAGAGCAGGAGAGACAGUCUGAGGAAUAGUUUUAAGAAAAUAAGAAAUCUGAGUUUGGUUUCCCCUCCGACAAGCCCAGUCAAGCCUCAAAGGGUACCCAGAAAAAGCAGGCUGAGCACUACCACCAGCUGCCUGUCGGUUUCAAGUGGUUAGACCACAAUGUGGUCCCCACCCAAACAGAUGAGACCUGUGUGCGCCGAUACUGAUCUUACCGUUUCUUCCGAGUUUUGGUUUGACAUACUUGUGUAAAAGCAUUUGCACUGAUGAUACUGUGACAAAACCUGUUGAAAAUAUAAAUUCUGAUGAUGUUUUUGCACUGUAUUUACAUUUACCGUUCACCUGGAAAUAAUAAGUAUAUAUGUACACACACACACACACACACACACACACACACACACACACACACACACACACACACACACACACACACACACAUAUUUUUUUUAUGAAUUGUAAUAGCAUUUCUCUAAAUUCACGUCAAAAUGUAAAAUUGUGCUUUUUAAAAUUUGAAGCAAUUUUUGUAUAUCUAAUGUGAAAACAUUAUAAUAAAGUCUAUUUUGCUGAACUGCUUUCACUGAAGUGUUUAGUACUUUCUCUCUCCUCUGGAGGGAGGCACACCAUUGGUUCUUCAUGUGGUUUCUGCAGGAUGAUUGUCCAUCAUGCUACA